AUGAUCUAAGAUCAACAAUAAGUUGAAUAAAAAGCCCAAGAAUUCUGUACUGGCAUUAUUAAUUUUAAGAAAGAGCAUGAGAAUACUUAGAAUUAGCUGAAUACAUUAACUUAAAGUGAUAUUAAACCAACUUUAAUAAACAGAAAAGGUUCUAUUUCUACUCCAGUUAUCAGUAGUAUUGCCUAAGCGCAACCAAGUGAAUCUUUUAUUCUCUAAUAGAUAAAAUCAAGCAAUGAUAAAUAUCAGUAAGAAAUUAAGAGACUUCAAAUUAAGAAGCAAAUUAUUAAUAGCUUGUACUCUUAGUUGACUUUCACCUAAUAGGAAAAAAAUAUUUUAUUUGGAGAUGAAGACGAGGAAGAUAAUGAUAUGAGAAAAGCUUAGUAAAAUAAUAAACCUGGGGAUAUUUCAAGGUUUUUAAAGAUCGAUCUAAACUAAUAAGAUAAUAGCAUAGAGGAUGAGGAAUCUAAAUUUGAUAAAUUCAAGGAGGACUUCUUUAAAUCGUUAGCCAAGCUAAAGUAAAUGGAGGACAUCUAAUAACUUCUAUAAAAGUAGCCUAAGUCAUCACAAGUAUUGGCAAGCUCUAUAGCUGAAAGUAUAAAAUAUGUUGAGGAUCAUGCAUAUGUGAAGUUAGUCAAGCAUUUGAGAACAAAGAUUAGGCUUUUUGAUACACCGCUUGAAAACUAACCUGAAUUUUUGACUUUCAUGAAGGUCACACUGAAGAUGCUUAAAAGUAAGAGCAAUGAAAUGUAUGGACAUAUUGUUAAUGAUCUACUUUAAUCCAGAGCAAGAUACAUUGAUUUGUCUUAUCAGGAAAAGAGCGCAUAAAUAUUCAAUAAAAAGAGCAAUCAAAGCAAAAAGUCUUAAGAAAACGGGAUUAAUAAUGAAAAUUCAGCUAAAAAUGUUGCUUAAUAGAUAGCUUGGCUUCAUGAAACACUGCUCAAUGAGUUAUUCAUAUUAGAUCAUACCUCAAUAGAUAAAAGUAGGUAUCUGGAUGCAUUAAAUUCCAUUUUCUCCAGAAAUCUAGCUAAACAACUAAAACAGAGGUUGGAUACUGAGAUCAACAAUCAAGAAGGUAUUACCUAGUGCUUUGAGCUCUACUAUCUAUUUAUCUCCUUCACCCAAAUAAUGCAAGAACAGUUCUUUAACAAGUCUUAAAUUGCUGUCAAGCAAGACCUUUCAGACUUUUACAUCCUAUCAUUCCUUAAUGACCUUAAAUCGAAGAGUCUCUCUAAGUUAGUUGAAAGUACAGACUAGUUUUUAUCGAAAAUGUCUAAUAUGUUUUGGUCCUAAGCUGCUCAGUAAACUCUUUAGUUAGAAAGAUAUAUACAGUUAAUCAUAAGAAUUUUUUCUAAGCUAAUUGAAGUUGUCAAAAAUGAUAAGAAGGACUUGGAUGUAUUUAAAAGAAGAAUCUAUAUUUAUGCGAUAUCAAGGAUAAUACCUUCAAUAUAAACACUUAAGACAAAUACUAAUGAACAAUAGAUUUUGCCAGCAAAUCUUAUACUCCUUUAUAAUUACUUUGACUUUUUAAAGUCAGAAUAGCUCCUACCAAGAGAUCUAGCUAUAAAGGAAUUCAAAGAUGAACUCAAGCUAGUCUAAGAACGUCUGGAUGAGUUAGUGAAUUCAAUAAGAGAAGUAGCAAGGUAAGGAAUAAUGACUAGACAACUUUUUCUCAAUUUGACUACUAAUGCUAAUUGCAUUGAUGAGUUUAAACAUGCUUUGGAAGAAUUUGAAGAAGACUUAGAGUAUGAGGAGAUCAAAUUAUCAUUCCUACACAGCCUAAAUAAUACAGAUAUGCGAGUAUUGAUUGUUGAGCUAAUUAAGUCAGAUAUUGUAGAUGCUUUAAAGAAAUCACUUGAGUUCUAAAUUGACGAUGAAGUCUAUAGAAUUUAGCAGAAUACUGAAAUGACUGAGGAUUAGAAGAAUAAAGCUGAAAGAAGAUUGGAUUAUUUAGAGUUUGAGAUUAUAGAAAAGUUCGAAUACAUCAAACGAAAAAUCACUUGA